CCCUCCUCCCUCCUGCAAAAAGCGAGCCGCAGCCGGCGGCGGCUCAGCCGGCGGCUCCGCGCCCUGCAAAGUCCGUUCCUCCCCUCCGGCGUCCACUGAGAGGAGGGAAGAGCGUUUCUCCUCGGAGCCGAUGGCAAGGGCCGCCGCUACGCGGUGAGGAGCACCUGCCGCGUCUCCCCGAGGACUUGGGCUCGGAGGUCGGCGCUGCGUCGUGGGAACGGAACGCGCUAUUUGUUUAGUCGUUGAGCCUGGCCGUUUACGUUCCUUCUGUUUCUGAAAAGCAGCUGGGAGUGAUGGGGAGAGAGGCAUUUUCGCCCAGCCGUCUUGAGCUACUUUCAACAUCCAAGUAGACUAUACAGAUGAAGGGCAAAAACAUAUAGAAUAUUGAUGCUAGCAUGCGGGAAUUCUGGGAGAUGAAGUCCACACAUCUUAAAGUUGCCAAGUUUGGGGGGGAAAUGCUUUAAGCUCUUACAUCCUUCUCAAACAAUGUUCCUUGGAUUGGAAUGAUGAACAGAUCAGCCUUUUACUUCUGCAAAUAAUUGUGAAUUGCUCCAUGUACCCGCACCCUCCUUGCGAUUAAAAACUCCUCCCUACUAACAAGAUGAAACAACCCAGGACAGGGAGGGGGAAGAAAAGAGGAACUACUGCCUGUUGGUGACAUUGAAGAGAAGGUCACAUUUAAUUUUAGAUUUGGAUUGAAAGUUACAGUGAUUUUUGUACUCGAGGAUCCUUUCCCACCAUGUCAGAGUUCUGGCUAAUCUCAGCUCCAGGGGAUAAGGCAAAUUUGCUUGCCUGGGACAGAAUGAAUACUGUGACUUCGAAAGCCAACCUGUCCAGCAACAGCAAGUUUGCCAUCCCUGACCUCAAGGUAGGAACUCUGGACACGCUGGUUGGCCUCUCAGAUGAGUUGGGAAAACUCGAUAGUUUUGCUGAAAGUGUAAUAAAGAAAACUGCCCAGUAUAUUGGAGAAGUUUUAGAAGAUUCAAAAGAUAAAGUACAGGAAAACCUGCUGGCUAAUGGAGGCGCAAAGGACAAAAUGAAAUGUCUAAAGGUUGACUUGAUUAGUUAUCUAACAAAGUUUGAAUGGGACAUGGCUAAGUAUCCAAUAAAACAGCCACUGAAGAACAUUUCAGAAGGAUUAGCAAAGCAAAUUACCCAAAUCGAAGCAGACAUGAAAAGCCGAGCUGCUGUCUAUAACAACAUCAAAGGAAAUCUUCAGAAUCUGGAAAGAAAAACGGUAGGAAAUCUUUUGACCCGUACGUUAACAGAUAUAGUGAACAAAGAAGACUUUGUAUUGAAUUCCGAAUAUCUCAUCACUCUACUUGUUGUAGUUCCUAAAACAAGCUAUGUGCAAUGGCAAAAAACCUAUGAAUCACUCUCAGAUAUGGUGGUUCCUCGCUCUACAAAGAUGAUCGCUGAAGAUGCAGAGGGAGGGCUCUUCACAGUCACCCUGUUCCGAAAAGUGAUUGAUGACUUUAAGACCAAAGCCAGAGAGAACAAGUUCAUGGUGCGGGAAUUUUAUUUUGAUGAGAAAGAACUGAAGUGUGAAAAGGAUGAAAUGAGGAAGUUAGCUUCUGAUAAGAAGCAACAGUAUGGUCCUCUGUUGAGAUGGUUGAAGGUGAACUUCAGUGAAGCAUUUGUGGCUUGGAUCCAUAUAAAGGCACUAAGAGUUUUUUCAGAAUCUGUCCUCAGGUAUGGAUUACCAGUGAACUUCCAGGCAAUGCUACUUCAUCCUAAUAAGAAAUCUAUGAAGAGGUUGAGAGAAGUAUUAAAUGCAGUUUUCAAGCAUCUGGACGAAGUAGCGGCAGCCAGCCUAAUGGACACUUCAGUCGACAUUCCUGGUUUGCAGCUAAACAAUCAGGAUUACUACCCUUAUGUCUAUUUCAAGAUUGACCUCAGCCUUCUCGAUUCCAGCUAAAGUUUGCUGCGCCAAGCAGGACUUGUUUUUCAGUAUUGGAUUUGUGAACAAAAUGACAUCCAUUUUGUUUUUAAUGCAAACAUAAUAGGAAUGUGGCCCUUUCGAUGCAGAAAGACCAAGUAAUUUUAAGCAAGUGAUCAUUGUAGUUCCUAGAUUUGGCUUGACUAUAAGUAGACUGGUUGCUUUUUUUCCAUUUUGACAAUUAAAAGAUACUGGAAGCUUUUUUCUGAUUGUAUUAGAAAACAUGCUUCGCAAGGCAUUGUGUUAUUGUAUUUAUUCUGUUCUAAUUACAAAACACGCCUGAUCAUCUAAGGUUUUAAAUAAAAUCCAGAUAUCUGGCGGUUAAGGUAGAAAUA